UGCUCUGCUAGACUAUAUAGACUAUAGAUCUAGACUCUAGAGCUAUAUUAAUGCUAGUAGAUCUAGUCUAGAUGUAGAUAUAAUUUUAGAUCUAGAAUAGAGAUCUAGCUCUAUCUAGUUAAGGCACUAGACUUCAAUAGUCUACACUCUACACUGAUUUGACUGAGCACUCAAGAUACAUGUUGCCUUGGUGUAAGGUGGGUUGAGCAAGUAUAAACUACACAGUAAUGAAUAAAAGAGUCUCCUGCUUUAAAUCAUGUCUGAAAUGGAAGAGAAAUGCUUCAAAGAAGAAAAGGAUAUUAAAAAAGAAAUUGUGCCAGCUUGGGAACCUGCAGAAAUCCUUUCAAGCAAACUCAAAUUACGUAGGCAAAGUGUUUUUAAUGUCAUCAAGCUUUUAGAUGAUGGAGCAACUAUUCCUUUUAUUGCCAGAUAUCGUAAGGAGCAGACGGACAACAUGGAGCCUGAUUUGCUCAGAGAGGUUGCAACAGGACUAGAAGAAUUAAGAACUGUAGAAAGUAAAAUUCAAAGUGUCUACAAGUCAAUAGAGAAAAUGGGGAAAAUGAAUGAAGAGCUGGAAACAAGUCUCAUUUGUUCCACAUCCAUCCUGGACAUUGAAUCUAUUUAUGCGCCCUUCAAACCUGGCCACAAAGGAACAUAUGCAGAAAGGGCAAGAGCAUUAGGCCUGGAAGAAAUGGCACAGGAUGUUUUAAAUGGCAGACAUUUUGAUGUGAGGCAAGCUCUUGAUCCUUGUCAAAAAGGUCUUGAGAAUGAGAAGUCCAUUGAGAAAGGCCUCAUGCACAUCAUUGCUGACAUUGUGUCUAAAAAUAAGGACCUGAUGGAUGAAGCAAGAAACAUCUGUGAAAGAUGCACUAUAAUGUUAGAGAGUUCAAAAGCUAAGGAGAAAACCAAUAAGGAGAAAGUCCCUAAAGACAAAAAGAAAAAAGAAGCUGGUUUAUUAUCACCCAGGAAGUUAAAGGCCAAAGCUGAUGAAAAUGUUCACAAAUUUACACAAUUUUUUGAUUAUAAAAUGCCUUCUCAAAAUUUAAAACCACAUCAGAUUUUGGCCAUUAACCGAGGAGAAGAUUUGAAACUUCUGACUGUCAAAAUUUCAAUACCUGAAGCAGCCAAGAAAAUGUUUGUCAAUUUUGCUUUGUCCAAGUUGUUAAGGAAUGUUUACAAAUUAGAAAACCAGAAUCUGAUCACUAAAGCUGUGGAUGAUGCUUAUGACAGGCUCAUUGAGCCCAUGUUGAGUAGGAAUAUAAGAGCAGAGUUAACCAAGAGUGCAGAGAAAGCCUCCAUUGCAGUGUUUGUUGCCAAUUUAAAGAGAUUGUUGUUAGCUCCUCCAGUGAAGAGUAAAACUAUCCUCGGCAUAGACCCAGGCUUUACCAAUGGAUGUAAGGUAGCAGUCAUUUCCUCCACUGGUGUCAUACUGGAGACAGCAGUUAUCUACCUUCAUGACACUAGGUCUAAUAAACACGUAGAAAGAAACAGAGUCGCUUCUCUUGUUCGUUCACAUAGGGUAGACAUCAUCACCAUUGGCAAUGGCGUCGCUUGUCGAGAAACUGAACAGGUUAUUGCCGACAUGAUUAAAAAUAGAUAUUUUCAGCCUCUCUCUAUAGUCUAUUGUAUUGUAGAUGAAUGUGGGGCUUCUAUAUACAGUAUAUCAGAAGAGGCUGCAAAAGAAAUGCCAGACCUUGACCCCACUCUCAGAGGAGCAGUAUCAAUUGCUCGCAGGCUUCAAGAUCCACUUGCUGAGUUGGUCAAGAUAGAGCCUAAACAUCUUGGUGUUGGCAUGUAUCAGCAUGACGUGAAUAAAACAAAGUUACAAGCUGCUUUGAAGUCAGUUGUGGAGGAAUGUGUCAGUUUUGUUGGAGUAGACCUCAAUACUUGUAGUGAAUGCCUGUUAAGGAGUGUAGCAGGCUUGAAUGUUGCAAAAGCCAAAAAGAUCAUUGAAUGGAGGACAUUAAAUGGACAUUUCAUCAAUAGAAAUCAGUUGCUUAGUAUCAAAGGUCUUGGAGCUAAAGGCUUUGAGCAAUGUGCUGGAUUUGUCCGUAUUUGCAGACUCAAGGAUUCUGAAUCUCAGAGUGAUGUUAAAGAUGAGGUGAAAGAGGAAAUCAUUGCAAUACAAGAAGAGGAGCCAAAGAAAGGGAGAAAGAGAAAGGCAGAGAACUCUUCUGGAAAAGGAAAAGCCAAAAAAAAGAAAGCUGAUGACAAUACAUGGAACCCUCUUGAUGCUACCUCAAUUCACCCAGAGUCAUAUGAGAUAGCACACAUGUUAGCUUCCUAUUUAAAUGUUGACCUUGCAUACAUUGGAACACCUGAUUUCAUCAGUAAGGUCAAGGAGAGAGCAUCAGACAAAAACUUGCAUGCAUUUUGUCUUGAAAAGUCAACUGGCCUGGCCACAGUGAUGCUCAUAGCUGAUGCCCUCAAACAGCCUCUAGCUUAUGACAUGAGAGAAAGUUUCCAAAAACCUUUGUUUAAACAAGAGAUUCAAAGUAUAAAUGACCUCCACCUUGGCUCACAAUUAACAGGUCGGGUCACAAAUGUCACUCAUUUUGGAGCCUUUGUGGACAUUGGUGUGGGUAUGAAUGGUUUGAUACACACAAGCAAGAUGGGGUCUAAUAGAGCAAUAGGAGUCGGUGACCAUGUGGAAGUCAAAGUCCAGAAUCUUGAUGUCGCUAAUGGUAGAAUAAGUUUGUUCUUGUCUAAAGUGUUAUAGCAAUAAAAGGCUAACACCAGUUUAUUUGUGAUCUAUUCAUUGGACUGAUGUGUGACACAGCAUGAAGAGUUUGUAAUAUGUACAUUUUCUCCUUUUUAUCAACCCAAACAAAGUGAAGUCUUCUUGUCUUCAUAUUGAACUCGUAUUGAAUGAUUCCCAAAGUUUUGUUUAGCUCUUGUCAUGAUUUCAUUAAGCUCUGUCAAUGGAGAGAUCACAGUGCUCGCCCAUUCAGUCCUACAUUGAAAAUUGUGUAUCCAUUAACUUGUAUAACUUUAGACCUAAACCAGAUCUUUUCUUAAAAAUUAGAAAUCUUAUUUUUUUGAAUGACAGACAUUCCUUCCUAAGAGAAGAUAUUAAAUAAAUUAUCCUGACCUAUGUAUCUCCGCAAGGUGUGUUGUUUUUUAUUUUUGUACAGUGGUCUUAAAAUAUAUUUUUUUUGUUAACAUCACAUCUAAAAGUAAAUUUCUGCACAAACAUGAUAAAAUAAAAUUUAAAAAAAAAAACUUAAAAUUUGUGUUGAUUAGUAUAGGGCUCAACAUUUGUGUUAAAAUAUUUUUUUUAAUGUUAACAUUAACAAAAUAAUAUGUAAAAAAGUCCAAAAUUGAGCCACUAUGGUUUUAUAUCAUUUAUAGAAAUUUCCAGAAUAGUAAUACAAACAUGGGCUGAACAAUAUGAUGUUCAUUGGUCAGUAUCCUAGAAUUUACUGUUUGACUCCACCUAAUCACCCCCUUCUCUGACUGCAAUAAUGGCUAGCCAGUUUUAUUAUUCUUUACAUUCCUCAAUUCAUUUUUUGUAAUCUCAGUUUUUAUUGUAACUUUUAUUCUGAUUAAAUAUUUUUUUUUUGUUUCAUUUUGAUCUCAUUUUGUUGUUCAAUGCCAGAACCUACAAAAUAGUUGCUCAGAGCAACUACAAGUAAUGGUGCAAUGUAUUUUGAAAAUGAUAAUUACUACAAUACACAACUUAUAAAUAAUGUGGGAAAAUGUCAUAACUUGAUUUUGAAUGUUAAUAAAGACGUGUUCAUGAACCUAAGAAACCUUAUUACUAUUU